AUGUACUAUGUGCAUUAUCUUUUUCCAGGUGAGAGAGAAGAAUUGCGCAUCUUGUUACCAGGUUUGAAAGAAUCGGGUAAAAACUCUACUAGAAACACCAUCCUCAAGUGUAACGCUUUCAACACAGACAUGCUGCUGAGCAGAGUCACACAGAUCUGUGAAAAGGCUUCUGGAAACAUCAGUGGCCGAUCUGUGGCCAUAAUCGACACUCCAGGAGUGGUUAAGAUCAACCGAAUGGAAAAGCCUGUGAUCAGGGAUAUCUUAAAAUCUGUAACUGCACAUUGUCCUGAUAAAUAAACAAACAAACUAAUUCCAAAUGAUGUCAUCGCCAGCUCAGACAAAGACCUCAGGGACUUCGUUUGUAAAUGCAGUGGUGGAUUUGUGGUCUUCAGUAACAAGGAUGUGGAAAACUCUGAGCAGGUGAGCAAACUUCUGGAGAAGAUUGAGACCUUGAUGGCCAUUAAUGGCAAAAGCUGCUACACAACAUCCCUUUUUCCUUCCUCAGAAAGAAAGAGAAGAGAGACACAGAAGAAGAUACUGCAGCCAGGUCAGGUGCUUCUGCUGCGGACCUGCGGUGAAUCAGUUGAUGUGACAGGAGCUGGAGUGAGUCGUGAUAGGAAGAGAUGGGAAGAGAAAAUCAAGGGCUCAAAAAUGAAAAGAAAAGAAGAUUAA